AUGGGUCGUGGAUCCUUAAAAACAUCCUCAAGACCAAGGAUGCAAUCACCAGGCUGGAGCAGUGGAAAGACAUGGAAACACUGGCAGGUUCCGGAUGAAACACUUGUACUUGGGUUAUCUGAUCACUUGCCUAAAGUGGGGUGGAAGGGCCUGGUGUGCGGCAAUAGAGCUAGGCCUAGGGCUGUCUUCAUGUUGUGGAUGACUUGUAACAAAAGACUUGCAACCAAGGAUAGGCUCGCCAAAUUUGGUAGUAAUGUGGACCGUGGGUGUGCUUUCUGUAAUAGCUUGGAAACUUUAGAUCAUAUGUUCUUCGAUUGCAGGUACACUAAAGGUGUGUGGGAGGAUGUUCUUAGGUGGUUGCAUGUCCUGCAUGUUCCUCAAGGCUGGAACGAGGAGAUUGCGUGGUUGGUUAAGAUUUGCAAGAGCAGAAAUUGGCGUGGUCAAAUUAUGAAGAUGGCCAUUGCGGAGACGAUAUAUGAGACGUGGUGGGAUAGAAAUCUGGCUGUUCAUAGUAUAGUUAAUAGUAACAAGAAUACUGCAAAGAGAAUUAUAGAUAAUAUUGUAUAUAGGGUGUGGGGGUACCCUAAGUUUAGAAGAAAGUUAGCUCAAACGUUGAUGCCCUAG